GGGGUUCUGAUAUGGCAGGAGAAAGUUUGAAGCCGGUUUGAAGUUUGGGGUGAUCUAAGUUGAGCCAGAAUCUCGAAGUCUUACCGUCGUCUGUCGCCCACUUGCUCGUCUUAACCGGCGCUAGUGAGAAAUCCCCUUUCGAAAUCGCUAAAUCAACUUCAGUAGAAGCUGCCGCAUGUUUUGAGAGCUAAACUACCGUAUGUAAAUAUUGCAUUUCCCGUUGCUAUUUCAUCUCAAAUCUGCCCGAACGAACUCGCACGUUUUGAGAACUGAGUCUACUUUAAUUAUUACUCCGUAUUAUUUUUCAAUUCAAGGCAGCUAAAAUGACUAAAUCCAGAGAUGAAUCUCCGGAUUGGCUUCGAUCUUUUCAGGCACCAACUAUAACAGCAUUGUCUUCGGGGUCAGCAUCGCCUUCAAGUGAUUGCCCUCUUAGUGAAGACGAUGAUGAUGAUGAUGGAUUGAGUCUUGGGAAACUGUUUUGUAUAAAUAAAUCCAAUAAAACAGUGACUGAAAACAAUCAAAAUGGUGAUGAUUCAUUAAUCAAGACACCUUCUAUAGAAAAGUUUUCUAGUAAGAAUGAAAGAUUUGCCCAUACACUGGGAAAGAGAAAGAGAGAGAGUCAGCCUGGAAAUGAAGGUGAAGAUGUUGCUGAUAUCAAGUUCUUUUCUAAGAGAAAAACUAAAAAGAAGUCUUUGUCUCCUGAGGAGCCAAAACAUUCAACUUUGAGAUUAUCAGCCGACUAUGAGUCUUGUCCUGAUACCAGUGCUGUUAGAAAGGAUAAUAUCCUUGACAAAGACUUGCAUGCACACAAUGAAGCUCCAGACAUGAAACCUGAAGGAACAAAAGAUCUAGUAUUCCUUGAAAGUGAUGAAGAAUCUACACCCACCAAGAAAUUGAAGCUGCAAUCUCCAACUAAACAAAUGAAAAAAGAAAACUAUUCACCGAAGAAGAAGAAAGCAGUGAUAGCAAAAAAUGAUGAUGUAGGACAUAAAGGCACCAUGGAUGCACAGGAGGAAGAUAUUCCAGAGAAGCGUAGCGGUCCACAAGUUUCAAAUUCAAGCCUCCCUUUGUUACUUCCUGAGAAAGUACAAAGGUUAAAGGUCAGUUUGAGCAGACCUUAGCUGAUUAUAUUGGUGAUGUAGAUGUGAUUGCCUGUCUUCAGUUUCUUUCCUUUUUCCUCAAUCUUUUAAGCCACAUUUCCUUCUGCAUUAUUAUAACCAACUUUGACCUUCUGCAUGAACUUGAAGACUAUCUUUUUGUAGCUUUUGCUCCCAGCUAUUCUGUUGUUAC